GAUUCAAGAUUGGGCACUCAUGCUACCUGCCUUUCUCUUUGAUGGACUUCUCUUCCUUGAUACCUGGGAUCUCCACAUUUCCACCGAAGGUGCACGUGGAUCCCAUAACAGUAGAUUUAGCCAUCUUCAAGGUCCUGUACUACCGGAUUUUGAUGGGCCAGGGUGGCACCGGUGAUCUGAAGCACGUAUGUUCGGUUCAUCCUUUAAAUCUCACCGAGGCAGCUUGCCCUGUUAAAAAUUUGAAUGAUUUUAAUGACAUAGUUGAUACUUCCAAGCUCCUUACUGCGUGUGAGAAAAUUGAUCCUGUAAAAGAAUGUUGCUACCAAAUUUGUCAGAAUGCUAAAUUAGAAGCAGCUACAGCAAUUGCAUCAAAAGGUUCUGACAUUUUGGACAUGGAUGCAUCACAUGUUCUACCUGAGCAUUCAAUUCGGAUCAAUGAUUGUAGAAAUAUAGUCCUCAGAUGGGUUGCUAGUAAGCUUGAUCCUUCUCAUGCCAAGAAAGUUCUAAGAGGACUGUCUAAUUGCAACGUGAACAAAGUUUGUCCACUGGUUCUCCCUGAUACUAAGCAAGUUGCCAAGGGCUGUGGACAUGGGAUAAUUAACAAGACAGCCUGCUGUAAUGCCAUGGAAAGCUAUGUGUCUCACUUACAGAAGCAAAGCUUCAUUAUUAACUUGCAAGCUUUAGACUGUGCAGAAACUUUAGCAAUGAAAUUAAAAAAAUCAAAUAUCACUGAGGAUGUUUAUAGUCUUUGUCAGGUAAGCCUUAAGGAUUUUUCCCUCCAAGUUGGGAAUCAGGAGGCUGGUUGUCUAUUACCUAGCUUGGCUUCGGAUGCUACAUUUGACAUGAAUUCUGGGAUUUGCUUCCUUUGUGAUUUGAAUGACAAUAUUCCAGCUACCUGGCCUUCUAUGUAUAUAAAGAAACAAGUAUCAAUUUGUUAGCUCUAGUGCUGACGGGCUUGACACUCCAGAUACAUCUAGGCCCAAGAGAAUGUUAUCAAGGCCCAAGUGAAUGAAUCAAUUACAUUGUUCCAGAAUAGUUGAAUUAAGUUAGAGCUUAGGAUUAUGACAAGUGUAAGACUAUCCUUAGCCAAGGGAAUGAAUCAUUUAAAGCUGUAACACACAAUUGUUGAAAUCAAUGAAAAUUCUCAAAGUUUAUCUUA